CCUACUAACUUUGCAACAUAACAAGGCAAUCAAGCCUCUCUGUCCACCUGAUCCAUGAUGACCAUGACUGAAUUAACAGGAAUGUUGCCAUCAUUUGAGAAUAUUGAAUUGAUGCAGCAGGACAAACUCCAGCUGAAUCGAGUGGUGUCUCAUAAAAAGCGCUGCGACCUCACCUCCUGGAUCAAGGAGAACAUCGACAAAAAAGAAUGCUGCCUCUUUGAGAAAGAUGUCAGAGAGGAUGUCUGCAGGUGUGGAUAUUCAAAGAUUGAACAUGUGGGUGAAGCCAUCAAGCCAGAAGACUUCACAGGCGAGUCUUGGGACAGACACAGACAUAUCCAUGAAGUUCCCACUGAUGCUUUCGGAGACAUUAGCUUGGGUGGUUUGGGGCAGAAAACGGGCAAGUAUGCACGAGUGUCCACAGACACUAGCCCAGAAAUCCUGUACCAGUUACUGACUGAACAAUGGAAGCUCUCCCCUCCCAACCUGCUGAUCUCAGUGACCGGAGGUGCCAAAAACUUUAACCUGAAGGCUCGAAUCAAGAACAUGUUCCACAGAGGUCUCAUCAAAGUGGCCCAGACAACAGGUGCAUGGAUCAUCACUGGUGGUACACACGCAGGUGUGAUGAAGCAUGUAGGGCAGGCUGUGAGGGACAACGCCCUGAGCGGCUCCAUUCAUGGCCAGAUUGUGGCUAUUGGAGUGGCAACAUGGGGAAUGAUUCACAAUAAGGAAGCUUUGGUGCAUCCAGAGGGUUGUUUUCCAGCACAUUACCUGAUGGACAUUAAGGGCCAGGGCCGACUCUCCUGCCUCGACAACAACCACACCCACUUCCUGCUGGUGGACGAUGGCACCCACGGAAACUACGGUGUGGAGAUUGAGCUGCGUAGCCGUCUGGAGGAAUUCAUUUCAAGAAAGAGUCUUGGAAACAAAGAGAGUGGAGUGACCAUCCCUGUGGUGUGUGUAGUUUUAGAUGGAGGACCAGGCACCCUGAAUACAAUCUAUAAUGCCAUGUUGUGUGGGACACCAUGUGUGAUCUUGGAGGGCUCUGGGAGAAUAGCAGAUGUGAUCGCCCAGGCGGCAGGACUACCAUUGAGCCGGGUGACUAUCGACCAUAUCCACCGGCUGGUGAAGAGGUUCUUUGGACAAGAGUAUCAAAACUUCUCAGUCCUUGAGAUCAAAGAGUGGACCAAAAAGAUUCAGGACAUCAUCAGCAUGCCUCACCUGCUGACGAUCUUCAGAAUCAGUGAGGACGAUCACGGGGAUGUAGACGUGGCUAUUCUACAAGCGCUACUCAAAGCUUCGAGGAUCAGUGAGUCUCUGGGAAUUGAGUGCUGGAAGAGGCAGCUGGAGCUGGCUAUAGCCUGGAACCGAGUGGACAUAGCAGAGACGGAGAUCUUCACUGAGGAGAGCCAGUGGAAAUCCAGUGACCUUCACUGGGCCAUGUUCUCGGCCCUGGUGGGCAACAAGCCUCAGUUUGUGAGUCUGCUGCUGGAGAACGGUGUGAGUCUGAGAGAUUUCCUGCAGGACGAGGAAACCCUGUGCGAGCUCUACAAACAGAUGCCCGGCUGCUUCUUUCUGCGCAAGUUGGCCAAGCGGGUGGACAGAGCACGCCGCAGCAAGAGGCAAGAAGAGACCAUCUCCAUGACUCAUGUGUCUGAGGAGGUGUGCCACCUGCUGGGCAGCUUCACCCAGCCCAUCUACCCCCCUUCCACCAGGACGUGCAACUUUAAUAUGACUAUGGAGGACACAUCUGCAUCACUGUCUAAAUCUCAGGCAGGUUCAGAGUCUCCACAUGAUGAACCUCAGAGGGACUACGGCAGAGAUCUUUUCCUCUGGGCUGUCGUCCAAAACAACAAAGAUCUUGCGGAAAUUGCCUGGGAGCAGUGUAGAGACUGCAUGUCCGCUGCUCUGGCUGCCACUAUGAUCCUGAAGAAAAUGGCAGAGGAGGGCAGCGAUGCAGACGAGGCAGAGGUCAUGCAUGAACUUGCUAAUCACUAUGAGAAACAAGCCAUAGGUGUGUUCAGUGAGUGCAAUAACAAUGAUGAAGAGCGGGCUCAGAAGUUGUUGGUUCGUGCGUCACCAUACUGGGGAAGGACAACAUGCCUAAGACUGGCACUGGAGGCAGAUGAUAAAAGCUUUGUAGCUCAGUCAGGAGUUCAGGCUCUUCUGACUCAGAUCUGGUGUGGCGAGCUCUCAGUGGUUAACCCUGUGUGGAGAGUGCUCAUCUGCAUGGUCUUCUUCCCACUGAUCUACACUAGAUUUCUUGUUUUCAGAUGUGAUGAAGUUAUUCAGAGAGAAACUGAGAAGAAUGAAGAGAUCAAGACAGUGGAGAACGUGAUAGGAAAUGUUCUCCGAACAAAAACUCGUCGUCUUGAUGCAGCCAGACUGCAGCGCCUGAAGAUCCUGGGCAGCUGGUCCAAACUGGUCUGCCUGUACAGCUCUCCUCAGGUCAAGUUUUACUGGAACAUUGUGUCUUAUUUCGCCUUCCUCUUCCUGUUUGCUGUGGUGCUGAUGAUCGACUUCCAGGAAACGCCCUCUCCCGCUGAGCUGCUGCUGUACGUCUGGCUGCUCUCUCUGGUGUGUGAGGAGGUCAGACAGUUGUUUCAUGAUCCUGAUGGCUUUGGAUUUCGUAAAAAAGCCAGGAUGUACAUAAAUGAUGUGUGGAAUAUUUUAGACGUUCUGUCCAUCCUCCUCUUCAUUGUCGGCCUUGCGUUUAGGUUAACCACUAAACUUUUCUAUGCGGGCAAAGUUGUCCUCUGCAUCGACUUUGUUGUGUUCUGCCUUUGUCUCAUGGCCAUUUUCACCAUCAGCAAGACCCUGGGACCCAAGAUCAUCAUCGUCAAGAGGAUGAUGAUGGAUAUGUUCUUCUUCAUGUUCCUGCUGAGUAUCUGGGUGGUGGCAUACGGUGUAGCCAAACAAGGAAUCCUUAUCGACAAUGACAGCCGGCUGGACUGGAUCGUCCGCGGUGCAGUUUAUGAGCCGUACCUUAUCAUAUUUGGAGAUUUCCCCACCAAUAUUGAUUAUGCUGCGUUUGAUAUUGACACCUGCAGCAUGAAUGGCACCGAUCCUCUGAAGCCCAAAUGUCCUAUCCUUAAUGAAAACCAAAUGCCAGCCUACCCUGAAUGGCUCACCAUCAUCAUGCUUUGUGUUUACCUUCUCUUUGCCAACAUACUGCUGCUCAACCUACUCAUAGCGAUCUUCAACUUUACGUUCCAGGAAGUUCAGGACAACACAGACACAAUCUGGAAGUUUCAAAGAUACGAGCUGAUAAAGGAGUACCACAGCCUCCCUGCUGUCCCUCCUCCUCUCAUCAUCUUCAGCCAUCUCUACCUCUUCAUCAGGCUCUUGUUGAUGCGUCGGCCCCCCGUCAUAUGCAAAGAGUUUAAGAAUGAGCUUCCUCAGAUAGAGGAGGAGGAGCUGCUGUCCUGGGAGGCGUUGAUGAAGGACCGAUACCUGCUCUCUACACAACAGGAGCAGAGUCAGAGCAUGGAGCGGCGCAUCCUGGACAUGGCCCAAAAGGUUACCACCAUGAACGAUCGACUCGAGAGGGAAGAGGAGACGAGCUCUGCUGCCAUGGCGACAAGACUGGCUCGACUAGAGGAGCAGGUUGUCCAGUCAGCCAAAGCCCUGCAGUGGAUUAUGGACAGUCUGAAAUCUCAGGGUUUUGCCUCCAAAGAACCACCAUCGCUAACCACAGCAGACGAGUCCCCCGACACUUUGAGGAGCACAGCUGAGAAAGAGGACAGGUUCCAUGUGUAGCCGAUAUUAGCAGCCAGGUUUUACGACCUCUCUUCCUGCAGGACUCAGGACUGUGGAUUAACAUCUGGGUUAUUUUUUUACCAAGAAACAAAGGAACUGAUCAAUGACUUAAGUCUCCCCCUCAGACAGGCUCUGGAAGACAGGAUAUUAUAAACUUUUACAACGCCUGGAGUAAACAACCAAGCGGAAACAGAACACUCUGCUAUCUACGAAUUGACUCCAAAGACAUCAACUAUGACCGAAACCAGUCUCUGCAAAGUCGUUAAAAUUGACCAUCUGUUGAACUACUGCUGAAGGACUGAUUAAACCACAGCGUUCAAUUCUG